CUUCGGUUGAUGCUGUUCGUUAGCUUGACUCAACUUUCAGGUGAAAUGUCUACCAAAAAAGAUCUUACACUCUUGCUGAUAGGAAAAACAGGCAUGGGCAAAAGUGCAACAGGCAACAGUAUCUUAGGGAGACAAAAGUUUGACGUAUCAAAUAAUUUGAACUCGCGUACUAAACUAGGGGAAAGUGGCGAAAAAAAAGGAAAAGACUUUACACUUACUAUUUUUGAUACGAGAGGGCUAUAUGAUGCUGAUACUGACCCAGAUAAGGAUACUGUACUUACUGUAAAACACAUGGAGGAGCUAAUGAAAGAAUGUCCUAAAGUAGAUGCCUUUUUGCUUGUUUUAAGACCUGACAUAUUUACAAAGGAAGAUGCAGCAAUUAUUGAACAGCUAAAAACAAUUUUUGGCUCAGGUUUUAUCAAAGAACAUUGUUAUUUAGUAAUGACACAUGGGGAUAAGUACGAUACGUCCAUCCCAUUUUACGAAUUCUGCGAGACCUCUACUGGUAAGUUCAAAGAACUUUACAAAGAGUGCGACAAGCGAAUAUUUUUAAUCACAAACUGGGGAGGCUAUGAAAAGAACUCACCCCGAGUGACACAAGCAGAAACCCUGAUAGCGAGGGUUAAAGCAUGGCGGGAUGAUAAAAAUCCUUACACAGCUGAGAAAGAAUUUAAGUCUGCCGCCCUAGCACGCAAACAGUUGGCUUUUGAUGCAGAUAAAAAAAAAUAUUGA